GAUUUGUGUGGUGAAAUGCAAGGGGCGUGGAGCUUCAUUUCAUCUUGUCGGGACAGGGUCCCGCAACACCGUGGACAGGCAGUAACGAGAGUGCGGUGCUGGGCCAGGAGGAAGCAAACUGAUCAACGGACGUCCAGCAAUAUGGGUGAGCGGUCCGACGCUGCGCGGCUACGAUGUGAUCGGAGCCCUGUGAGGUCUGACGAAGUCUCAUCGACCACAAAUCCACGGCCGCCUCAACUGCCGAGAGCCAAAAGCUAUGACCGCUUGAUGGACAUGUCAUCGCAUUCGUCUACAGACUGGUCAGGCGCGUCUGCGUACUGGUCAACUUCGUCUUCGGAAUGGUCAACCCCUGCAGAGGACACGACGGGAGAAGAUCCAGGGCGCCCCCACAGCCGGCAGUCGCCACGAAGUCUAGGUGAAGAGUUCGAUGCGGCACCUUCCGGUAGAUCUGCUCCGCUGGAACGUGAGCCAAGCCCUGAGAGGAAUGGAGAGGUCUCAUCAACGACGACGUCAGCGCCACCUCAGCAGCAGAGGGCUGAAAGCCAACAACACAUGCUAGCUACUUCGCCGUCCUGGUUAGCGGCCCGGAAUCGGUCACUUCCAGCCCAGCAUCGCUCAUAUGCUGAUUGGUCGCUUUCACCUGCAGACCAGAAUAGCUCAUAUGCUGAUUGGUCGCCCUCAACUGUGGCUCGGUAUCGCUCAUAUGCUGAUUGGUCGUACUCAACUGCGGCUCGGUAUCGCUCAUAUGCUGAUUGGUCGUACUCAACUGCGGCUCGGUAUCGCUCAUACGCUGAUUGGUCGUACUCAACUGCGGCUCGGUAUCGCUCAUACGCUGAUUGGUCGUCCUCAACUGCGACUCGGUAUCGCUCAUACGCUGAUUGGUCGUCCUCAACUGCGGCUCGCUACCGAUCGUACACUGAUUGGUCACCCUCAACUGCAGAUCAGUAUCACUCAUAUGCUGAUUGGUCGCCCUCCCCAAGGCGCAGGAUGGGACGAGAUGCAGGACGCACUUACUUCCAGCUAGAUGUGACCACGGAUUCUGAAGGCUGUACAUUGUUGGAUUCUUUCGAAAUGGAAUCGGAACCGCUGCUUCAUCCCACACUUUCAACAUACCAUGGAGGAAGAACUGCAUCGGCUGCUGGUGACUCUGAACCCUUAGGCAUCCAUUAUGAUAACGAACCUCUCGACGUACAGUUAACUGCUGGAGUCAGAUCCCCAAUGCCACAGCAGGAACAAUCGGUGCCGAUUGCUGGGACUGCAAACCACUCAGAACAGCCUCCCUACCGGACACCACCUGAUACGUCCCUACUUACCUUUGAGCCAACAUAUCCAACUGUUAAUCCGUCGGUGUUCGGAUUAUCAACAUCAAGCAGAACCACCGAGUUCGGUAGGACGUCUUUUGCUUACGGACGCCCAGGUGCUCAACACACAACUGGUGUCAGAUCGGCGAUGACAGUGCCAAUAGCUGGCAGUGGGUGCGACUCGGCACUGUCUCCAUAUUGGAUGUACUCCGAUUCCUUACCAUCUGCCUUUCAUCCAACAAGUCAUUCGAUAAAUCCGACAGGGUUUCCGUUACCAACAUCAAGCACACAUUUUACGGCACCAUACUCAUAUCAAUCUUCGUGUCCUCAGACCAUUUCUGCAGUGGAAUCUGCUAGUGCCGGACCGGUAACGACGGCGCCGGUAAGAUCAGUACCUGCAGUUCAAACUGGGUGCAGUGAUGCAAAUAGCCUCCAGCAUGGCCAUCUUGAUUCUUUGCCUGGCACUACUCCUAUAAAUCCUUCUGUUAGCACAACACCGGUGGCACCAACUACAGCAAGCACGCAGACCACAGCUCCUAAGUCUUCAGUGGAAAUUUCUAUGCUGUCUAACCUUUCAGACUUUCAGGCUUCUGCAGCAGCACAAUGUGCCUCAAAGGUAGUUGAAAACACAGCUUCGAAUGUUACACACAAAGAGCCAGUAACCUCUAAAGUAACUACGAAGGGAAACGUCUCAAGCAUUGGGAAAGAAACUGCUCUAAUGCGAAGCUCGCCUUUCCAAGAGUCAUUUUGGAAAACUCAACGAACAGGCAGCAUUGAAUUAGUCCAAGACAAACAGUCAAAUUUGCUGUUGAGGCAGCAGGUACCACAUCCAUCAACUGUAACGAAUGUAAACAGUUUCAUAACACAACCAGGUAAGGUGCAGCCAGUUGAUCUCUCAGGGGGUUCCACAGGCAGCCAGCCACCUCAUGGUCCAGUACAGCUACAGCUACAGCUACCUCAGUCUUCUGCUUCAUCACAUGCCAUCCAAAGGCAGAUGCCACAUUCUGGAAAUCAUCGCAUGCCUGCUCCACAAGUCAUCACACCCAGACCCACACUAGGUUUCUCUGAAAGAUCAAUGAUGUUACCGCAACUUGCCUCAACACAUGGAAUUCCAAACUAUAUUCCUUCUCCUGUCCUUCCUCCACCUGGGUUUGCGAGCACACCAUGGGUAUCUGUGGCUAACAACGAUCGAAGACAAUCUCCUGUAACCGUAACACAACCUUACAGUGCUAAUCCUGGUGUAAUACUAAAGGUGUCAAUAAUACCCACUGCUGCCACAAGGUGUAACAGCCAGCGUGAAGUGCCAACUGCGAUAUCACCUUCCACAGUUUCAGCGGAUCCUCAGUGUGUGUCACCAACACCAGAUCCUACCGUCACAGACUGCGGUUCAGACACAGGGGCUCAGCAAGAAGAAUGACAGUUUAGACCCUCAGCGAUAUCUUGUGGGAGUGACAGACAAUAUUCACGAGACACACAGUCUCGAAGUGACACCAUCCAGUGAAACGCCCAACCUUCAUGUUGUUGCUUGUUCAUUUCUCUAUCACUGGAAAGAGCGUCAGUAAUCUGCGGUAGCAUAAGAUAUUUCAACUGGACGAAUUCGUAGCUAGCCAACUAUAUGAUGUGGUCACUAUUUCCACAGAAGAUAAACAUUUACAUUUGUUGCCACCACCCAGUGUAGAGGUGGUGUCAAUUACAUACAGCACCAGCAGCAGCAGCAGCAGCAGCAUCAUCAUCAGAGCUCGCCAAAAGCAUCAUAUGAUAGCAGCAUGGAUAACCGCCACUGAUUGCUGCCAGAUGUAUAGACUCCAGAAGUACUGGACCAGUUUCAGAACUUGCACACAACAUAUAGAUUUGAGCAAGAGCAGUUGCAUGAUGCUGUUCCUUGGAAAGCAUUAAGGGGGAUGAACCUGCCUAAAGUUUUCAUGAAGUCUACAGAAGUGGGAUCGGGCAAGACAAAUCAUUUGGCAAUUACCUUAUUUUGCAUGAUGACAAAGGAUUUUCUAACCUGCUCACAUUUAAAGGUUUAAUGAGGAAAGAGGCUGCUUUGAAGAGUCUGAUGGUAUGACGGUCCAUUUUCAUUUUAAAAAUGUGGAUAUAUUAGUAACAAUGGGUUGAAUGCAGAAAGAAAUGGCAUGCCCACCUCUCUUCUAAUGGUAAAGGUAAUAGAAAAUUAAGCCAUAUCAAAAUACUGAGAAAUGCUAUGUACAACAAUGUAGAAACUGUGUUCAAAGCUUUACUUCAGGCUUGGAAUACAUGCUGCAUGUCAUAAAUUCAUAAAUUAAGGGAAAAAAGAAAAGUUAUAAAAAGAUGGAGAAUUUUGGAACAGAUAAAUAAAGUUGCUAAUGUAAAAAGGUGAAUGACAGAUACAUUGUGGAUGGUUGUAAUAUGAGGGUAAUCCCAAUAGUAA